AUGAACUACUACCUCCUCGACGGGGAGCCGAUCAUGGCCUUCAAGCACAAGGUGGUCAGCAAGUUGUCGCCGACGGAUCACCAGGAGUUGAGAAUGCUUCGAAAACUCGAGCACGACAACUUGCAUCGAUUUUUGGGACUUUUCCGUGACCUCGUCGAAGGACUGGUCUACAUCUUAAAGUCACCCCUGAAGAUGCAUGGACAUUUAUCCUCCACCAAUUGCUACAUUGACGAUCGGUGGCAGUUGAAAGUCGGUGGAUAUGGCAGAAAAACGGCAUUUGAUAUGGAGAACCGGAGGGAGAAGAUUGAGGAGGUGCUCUACAUGGUUAAAAAGGGCGGUUCGGUCCCGCUGCGACCCGAGCUGAUUGUUUCGCAUGAUGCCGAUGUGAAUCCGGCUUUGCUUCAUCUAAUCCGCGACUGCUGGACCGAAGAACCGAAUAAUCGGCCCAAUUUUGCCACUAUCAAAACGCUGUUGUUGGCUAUGUUCUUCCGCAUCCCCCAUAUCCCGAGCGAGCGUAUCAAUUUGCGUAUCGGAAUGCACUCUGGCUCCUGCGUAGCCGGGGUAGUUGGAUUGACAAUGCCAAGGUAUUGUCUUUUUGGCGAUACGGUAAACACGGGCUCGCGGAUGGAGAGUAACGGCAAACCCGGUCAAAUUCAAAUGUCGUCCGGCUCUCAUGAACUCAUCGAAAAAGUUGGCGGCUACGUGACGGAGCCGAGAGGAGAAGUUAUUAUCAAGGGUAAAGGCGUAAUGUCGACCUACUGGUUGCUUGGUCGGGCUGACGACCCGAACUUGGCGCGCAACACCGAGCGGCUGAGGAUGCAGAUGAGCGAUGAGAUCCCAUCGCGACCCGUUGAGACCACGGCUCCUCCAGACCCUUUACAACGACAGCCCACCGAAGCCAGCGAAGGUCCGAUGACGAUGGCAGAAUUUGCUCGCCGCCCCACUGACCCAAUGUUGGAAGACCUGGACGACGAGCCGUUGGGCAUCUACCGGAAACAUCUCAAACACAUGCCGUCCACCAGAAAGAGCAGCAUCGAAGAGAUCCCGAACGCUCAAUAU